AUGUCCAGUCUAUCCGACAUUGGAAAUAUCUUUCGAUUUUCAAGGGCUCAGUUGAAAGAUAAUGUCAAUGAGGUUUCCCCUAUCCGACCUAAUGAUCUGCAUCCAGCGAACUCCUCGACCCCCCUUCUAAUCACCAACAAGCGCAGAGGGUCAAUCAUCAGAUAUCUAUCAAGAUGCUUUGUCAUAUCGUUAACAGGUUUCAUGGUGAUGGUGGUGAUGAUGAUUGUAUUGCUCAGGUGGGGAGAACGAGAAGAGCGUUGGAUCAAACAUCCAUAUAUGAAUAAACAUUACGGGAAGAACGUAUCGUCAAUUCCCGAUAGGAUGAUAUCAGCGAAUAGUCAUAAUGAUGAAAUGCAGGGAGGGAACGCUUUGAACCUCGCUCUCAGUUUGGGAUACGGCUUUAUUGAAAUAGACACAUACCUUGGUCCAGCCCCAGCUCCAGCUUCAUCUCCUAAACUCGGUUACCCCUCCUCUAACUACUCAAGCCUAAGCUCCAACUCAAUACUCGACCCUUCUUUGACUUUACUUGCAGGUCAUGAUUUGAAAGAUCUGAAAGCGCAGAGGACAUUGAAGAGAUUAUAUUUCGAUCCGCUAUUAGAUAUCUUAGAUAGGAAUAAUCGGAAUAGCACUGCGGCAGGACAUGGUUGGACAGGGAUAUAUGAUAACGAUCCAACUAAAGAAGUCGGCAUAUUGAUUGAUAUGAAACGCGAUGGUGAAUCGAUUUGGCCAUAUCUCUUAGACUCACUCCAACCAUUCAUUUCCAAAAACUACUUAACACACUACAACACAACUUCUUCGACAUAUCAUCACGGUCCAUUACUCAUAAUCGGUACAGGGUCAACACCGUUAUCUAAAGUAUAUCAUCAAGAUGUCCGGUAUAUAUUCUACGAUGCUCCUCUCCUCACUCUCCAUAAACCUAUCAUCAUCCCCGAGAGCGAAGACGGACCGUCAGUGAAUGUAGAAUGGAGUAAAGAGAUCUCACCGAUGGCUUCAUCGAAAUUACCAUUCAGAUAUUAUUUCUCGAUCAUACCUUCUUUUAAUUUCACCUUCCUGCCGCUGGGACCGAGGGGUACAAAAGAUACCCUGCGAUGUAGGUUAAGGAGAUGUACUUCCACUGCGCGAGAGAAAGGUAUAAAGAGUAGAUGGUGGGGGUUGAUAGGUACUUCGAAUUGGUUGAAAGUUAAGAUGUGGGGAGUACUUUGGGAAACGGGUCAGGAUGUAUUGAACACUGAUGAUUUGAUACAAAGUAAGAUGUGGCUGGAAAGUAAGAGAGGUAAGGAUAGAAAUUUAGACAGGUGUUAG